UUGAAUUUUAAAGAAAAAGCAAAUAUUUUUGAAAAUUUUAAAAAAAUAUAUAUUUUUUACAAUUUUGCCCUCAAUUUAAGCAUGAAUUUAAAAAUAGUGCUACUAUUCGCAGUAUUUGUAUCACUAACAACUCCUGAGGUGUGGGCCUUAAAACGUAUUAAACGCAAUUCCGAUUUAGACUCAAAGAACAGCAGAAUUAAGCAGGAUUUUGUAGCUUUGCAUAGCGGCAAAGAAGUGUUAACAGAUAAAGGAAACAAUUCUGUAGUCAAGGAAUCUCUAGCCUCUCUUAAUAAUUCAAAUAAUGAAAUGAGUAAAAAACGUAACGCUAGCAGCAGACCUUUGGCUGUUAUAUUACGUGAAAGAGAACGAAAAUUAAACGAUCGCCAAAGAGAUAAUGCUGCUGCUGAGCAAAGUAAUUUUAAGUCAGAUACGAAGAUAGAAAAUGAUUUGGAUAAGAGGACAAACAUCAUGGAUAAACGUUGUGAAACCUCAGAAAGUACAAAGAAAGAUCAUAAAAAUUUCAAUACAAAUACAUUGCAUACUUCAAGUGUUGUUGGUACCCAUGUUAUCAUACCACCACAACCAAUUCAGCAAACUUAUGGUGUGUUAAGGCCAUUUUCUUCCAUAGAUCAAUUAAUGAAGAUUGGUAAUAUGAUGAUGUUUAAGGUCGGAAUAGAUUCUCUUCCUUAUUAUCCUAAAAUAUCAAUGACUUCAAAUACAGCAGAAGAACAAGGAAAUUUUAUUGAUAAUAAAAUAAAUGAGCCCGAUUUUGAUUAUAUCGAAGGGCCACAAAAUGAACCUUUUAACAAUAUUCCAUAUAAUGAAAAUAGAAUGAUAAUUACACAACCAAUAAAACUCUUCAAGUCAAACGUUGCUGAUGAGGAUGAACCCAAAGACUUGGUUAAUCUAAUGCAAACAGCUUUAGAUACCCUGCUGUAUAAUAGCAAUAAAAAUGAAAAUGAUAUUGCAUUAAAAUGUCCACUACAUCUCGAAAAGAAAAGUUUAAGAACAGAAACUGGUGAAGAUAUUAAUAAUGCCAAUGUUAUACAGGUCUGUUCCUGUCGUUUCAUUAAGAGAGACAAUAAAGAAUAAAAAGAACUUUUAUAUAAAUUUCCAUAUUUUAUAAUAUUAUUUAUAAUAAAUAAAUAAAAACAA